UUAAGUAAUUAGAAACAUUAGCAGAUUUAUAGUAUAGUUCAACACAGGAUUACUUACUUAGAAGUGCCCUCCCUUGCGUUCUCUGGGACUUAACCCCAGGAAAGUGUGUAUCGGACUGAGGCUUAUUGGGGUAUAAGAAGAAGAAAUAUAUUGGUCUUUGAGUGUCCUUGGGUUGGAUCCAGGAUCAGUCUUCUGUGGUGGAAGGACUCUACUCGUGAAAAGUGCCUCUGUCCUCCCUACAGCUCAUCCCAUUCAGUAGGAUCUGUGUAGUAGGGAGCCAGAGGUGCUGACAUGGGGAUGAAAGGGCAAGGUCUAAAUCCACAGUCAAGUUGUAUGGACCGAAAUCUGCAUCCAACCCCCCGUGCUGGGUGCAGUGAGUUAAUACAGUGAUUCUGGUAUUUUUAGUUGCAGUUUGAUAUAAUUAGGGGUAAUAGCUGUAGGUAUGAGGGCCCUGUUUUACAAUACUUUUUUGUCUUCAGCAGUGCUAGAUCCCUGUGCAUAUACCUGGUUGCAGCUAGUUCAUCGAUGCUGUAAUGGUCGCCCCCCCCCCCCCAAAUCUGGAUAUUGUGCCAAAUUUACAUGUAGCAACCUUGUUUUGAGGCUACAUUGAACACCAAAGGUUUGACUAUGCAGCUUUUUGGAAAUCAGAUUACAGGCUUUAGUUCCUACUCAGAACAAGUUGGGGUUUCCUGUAUUGGUUACUCUUUAUAUCUGCUUCUGCACAAAUAUCCAUUUGCCUGAAUAUUAUUAAAAAGGAUGGACCUAUUUUUCCCAGGAUUGGCUUGAGGGUGUAUGUGAGAGAAGGGACAAAGGAGGCAAUUGCCCUAGAGCCCCACAAAGUUGAGAGUUCCUACCAUAAUGGUUUAUUUUCAAAGGUUAGUAAACAAAAAAACUUGCACUUGUUGUACUCUGUCUCCACUCACAGGCCAUGGGAGUGAAACAGAAGACUCAGUCCUACUUUUGCAUCUUGAAAGAAUGGUGGGGCCUCUGCAAUCUCUUCAGAGGCCAGAACAACCUUGAGCCUAGAUGAAACCUGGGACAAUUCUUAGCUAUGCUGCACUUACUUCCUUUCCUCCAGUUUGAAUUCUUUUCCUCUUGGAUUUCCUCGAUGAAUUAAGCAUUCUGGCUUGAAAAAAUCUUCCCUUUGAGAUGGAGCAUGAACAUCCAGGCAGUGUGGACAUCCACAGCUCAGAAGCUGGUAGGAUUUCAAGGGGAGUUUACACAAGGGACACCCUCAGGGCCAGCUACAGAAUCUUGGGUGAAUAUCCUGCCCAUUCUUCAAGGAGACAAGGGCUGAAUACAAUGUCCAUCUCCCUUCCCAUAUUAUUUACCCAACAAUCCUAUAGACUUAGGGAGUAUAAAAACCAGCCCAAAAUCUGGUAGGCUUUCUGACUGGGUGGCAAUUUGAACCUAGGACUCUCCCUUCCUCUAAUACUCUUACCCAUGGGUGAGCAAGAUGUGACCUGCAGCCUCCAGACCUGCAGGGCCAGCCCCCUGCCACCCCCUGAAAUUUGGAACACCCCAAAACAGCGAGCCCAGAUAUGGGCUGUUGUAGCAGCAUACAAAUUGAAAUAAAUAAUAUAAUAAAUGUUAACCAAAAAAAUCAAACAAAAUGGCUUCCAGAGUUGCUAUGGCACACCAAAAGUGUCAAAACUAGCUUGCUUGUUUGCUAAUUUUGACACUCCUAGGACUCUGUAGCAGUUACAAAUGACAUUUUGUUUUUAUUUUUUACUCCCCUCCCAAUUUUUUUGGGAGUGCAAGAGUACAACCUGCAAAAACAAGGAUGAAUGACCCUCACCCCUCCUGAAGUUGCCCACCAAGCUGAAGAAAAGGAGCACACCCAUUGCAAACACUACAGGGCAAGAAAUAAAUGCUCAAGUGGACACCUCCACGCUUUUUAACCUCUGGAUCCUGAUAUGCAGAUUUAAUCUUUCUCUUUAGUUUGCCAGACUACAGACAAAGAAUGCCGAACUUGCUUUGCUCAGCCAGUUACAAAAAUGUAAUAAGGAUGGAAGAAGAAACUAUGCAGACUGGGAAAAAUGUGCAGAGCAUAAUUAAUGCAAGUUGCAUAAGUGGCUCCUGCAUAACAUUUGAACUGCUUGGGUACAGGAUUUUUUUUAACACAGCUGACAAAGGUGCGAUGAGUGAGGGUGAGGAUGAUUACCUGGAACAUGAGUCCAUCCAGCCCACCACACAUGGACAGCCGAACUGGAAGGCCAAUUCCCAGCAGGACGGGUCAGCUGCAGAACGGCAGGGGGGCCCGCUGGCCCCUGGCAGUUACGGCGACGGCGAGGUCGUGGGAGCCCCUGCAGUCAUCUCACGGCCCGGCAAGCAGCGCCCCUUCAUCUGCAAUGAGUGUGGCAAGAGCUUCAGCCACUGGUCAAAGCUGCUGCGGCAUCAGCGCACGCACACGGGGGAGCGCCCCAGCACCUGCUCCGACUGCGGCAAGAGCUUCUCUCAGAACUCUCACCUGGUGCAGCACCGGCGCACGCACACGGGUGAGAAGCCCUACGUCUGCCGUGACUGUGGCAAGAGCUUUAGCUGGAGUUCCAACCUCAUCCAGCACCAGCGCAUCCACACCGGCGAGCGCCCUUACACCUGCGGGGACUGUGGCCGCAGCUUUACUCAGAGCAAGAACCUGGCCAAGCACCGGCGGACACACACGGGCGCCCGGCCCUUCCGCUGCCCGGAGUGUGGCCGGGGCUUUGCGCACACUGCCGGCCUGGUCAAGCACCAGCGCCUUCGCCACGACACGGACUCCCCCAUUGGCCACCCCUGUCCGGAGUGCGGGCAGCGCUUCCGUGCCCCUUCGGAGGUGGAGCGUCACCGUGUCGCCCACCAUGGGGUGACCCCAUCAGAGCCCUUUAUUUGUGUGGAAUGUGGGGAGUGCUUCACAAAGAGUACCACACUCAUCCGGCACAAGCGCGUACACAAGCCGAUCUUUGUGCGUUGAGGCUUUGGCCCACUCU